AUGGCUCCUGAUCGGGGUUUUCACGACAACGACCUUGCUGUGCAGAUUGGAGCAGCGCAUGCCCGUGGCACCAACCGCGAGGAUACUCCUGAGCAAAAGCUGAUGAUACCUGGCCGCAGCUUCACUCUUCGCGGUCUCUUUGUUGGCCUUUUGGUCGGCCUGGUAAUCUGUUUCUCAAACAUGUACUUUGGCCUGCAGACGGGUUGGGUGAGUACUAUGACUAUGCCCGCCAGUUUGAUGGGGUUCGGCAUUUUCAAGGCACUCGCCCGUCAUCUAAAAUUUCCCUUUAGUCCUGUUGAAAAUGUCCUCGUGCAGACUGUUGCUGGGAGUAUGGCUAUAAUGCCGCUUGGAUGCGGCUUUGUCGGUGUAAUUCCUGCGAUGAACUACCUGCUCACUUCUGAAGAGCAAGGCCCACUUCACAUCAGCCUCUGGAAGCUAGUCGUUUGGUCCUUGGGUCUCUGUUACUUUGGUGUUGUAUUCGCAGUUCCUCUGCGGAGACAAGUAAUCAUACGUGAGAGGCUGCGCUUUCCUAGUGGCUUCAGUACUGCCGUGCUCAUCGGCGUGCUGCAUGGACAGACUCGAAAAUCUGGCCCCGGGGGGUCGAGCGAUACCGUAUCUGGUGGAUUCGCGAGUCUGGUACCACGUGGCGAUUUGUCGCCUGAAGCAACUCUUAACUCUGGCUACAAUGCGAACAGCAAUACCGAAAACUCCAGCCUAGAAGACCCGGAGAGUGGGACACAGAAGGAAUGGGCCGAGAACACGAGGCUAUUGCUGAUAUGCUUCGGAAUGUCUGGCUUCUACACACUGUGUUCCUACUUUUUGCCGUCCCUUCGCAACAUCCCCAUUUUCGGAACCACCGCUGCCCGGAUCUGGCUAUGGACUCUUAACCCAAGCCCGGCGUACGUUGGCCAAGGGAUCAUCAUGGGGCCCGAGACGACUCUGCAUAUGCUUUUGGGUGCAGUCGUAGGCUGGGGUAUCCUUUCUCCUCUGGCUAAGUUCCAGGGCUGGGCACCUGGCUCCAUCGAUGACUGGGAGACGGGAAGCAAGGGCUGGAUCGUUUGGGUCUCACUUGCUAUCAUGCUUGCUGAUGCUAUCGUAAGCCUUGGGCAUAUUGCAUUUCGACCACUUAUUCACCGGCUAGGCACUUCUGAGGCCAAAAUGCUUUGGCAGCAAACGCUACAUAUGCUGCACCAUCUCUUAGGAGCCCCGAAUCACUCCAUGCGAGGUUACUCGGCUUUAACCACUGAAGAGCACACAGAACCGACCGUUACUUCACAUCUCCUACCUGGACAAGAGCGAAACUCGGUUGAACGAUUGACUGCUUCAACCCCGACCAAUGAGAGCCCAACUGAGAAUGAGGUGGACGCCCCUGCGGACCAACAAAUCAGCAAUAGAGUUGUAUCGCUAGGCCUCAUCUUAUCUAUUAUCCUUUGUAUUACGACGAUCCAUAUCGUCUUUGGCGACCUUGUUCCCCUUUACGCGACCAUUGUCGCUGUUCUGAUGGCACUUCUUCUUAGCAUUAUGGGAGUACGGGCGCUUGGCGAGACCGACCUGAACCCCGUGUCCGGAAUUAGCAAACUUGCACAGCUCUUCUUCGCUCUGAUCAUCCCGCAGUCGAACAAAUCAAGUGUUUUGAUUAAUUUAGUUGCGGGAGCUGUGUCUGAAGCAGGUGCUCUGCAAGCUGGUGACCUCAUGCAGGACCUGAAGACUGGCCAUCUUCUUGGAGCCGCACCUAAUGCUCAAUUCUGGGGUCAGGUGAUUGGUGCGACGGCUGGUGCUAUUGUGAGCGCUUUUGUGUACAAAUUGUAUACAGCCGUCUACACCAUUCCUGGCGACCUGUUCCAAGUUCCAACGGGAUACGUCUGGAUUUUUACGGCUAGGCUCGUUACAGGCAAGGGGCUGCCGCCCAUGGCAAAGGAGUGGGCGUUCGGCUUUGGUGUCAUAUUUGCCAUUAUGACCAUCGUUAGGAUUACGACGAAUGGAAAGCCAUGGCGGUCUCUAGUACCGGGAGGAAUUGCUGUGGCCGUUGGGAUGUACAAUGUUCCGUCCUUCACGCUGGCCCGGACUAUAGGUGGCCUAUUGAGUUGGAUUUGGAUUUCUCGACGACGCCAGUCAAGUACGCCGUUGAUUGUACUCGCAUCGGUGGGUCACCCCGGUCUCCCUCUAGGGACCCUUUGA